AUGGCUUCUUCAGACGCAAAGGUUGGGCGGCGGCGGACAGACAGCAGCGCAACUUCAUGGCAGCGGACAAAGAAAUCGCCAGAUCAGGCCAUUAAGUCAAAGUCCAGCCACACCGCGGACCCGUUCCUCCAAGACUUUUUAAGCCCGUCCUUCGAUCCCGCAGCCUUUCUCAAUGCCACUUUGCCGCCCCUCGGCAAGAGGCAGGGCCCCGGUCAGGGGGGACCCGAGCCGGUGCCCCUGGCCGAGCUGUCGGCCCAGGCCCAGGCACUCCUCUCGCAGCUCAACGCGCAUACAACGAGGCUGUCCAACACGCUGACGCAGCUCACCGACGACAUCCUGAGGAGCGGCAGCCGGCUGGCGUAUGAGGUAGAGCUACUGCGGGGCGAGACGCUGGGGCUCUCGGAGAGUCUGCACGAGACGCUGCAAGACGACAUUAAGCAGUUUAUUCCAGGGGGGCUGCAACAGGAGGCCGCUGGCACGGGAGGCGAUGGGGGGGAGUCGGCGGCCCAGCCUGGCGGAGAGGCCGAGGACCCAGACUACAUCAAGCAGCUGCAGACGCUGACACUGGUGCGGUCGCGGCUGGACUCGGUCAUCAAAACAUUUGGCAAUGCCAUGGACUUUACCUUUCCGCCAUCCGAGCUUUCCGUCGGCUCCUCGUUUUUAUCCGUGUCGGCACCAGAUCCGGGGUCCGAGCAGCAAAGCUCCGAGGAAAGAGGCCAGCAGGUGCUCAAGCAGCUGCGAGACGAGAUCUCGGGGCUCCUCAACGCAGGCGACGAGCCAGUUCAGGGGAUAGAGAGGGCGGCGACCAGGAUCGAGGAGCUCAAAGAGCUGACGAGCGUGUGGAAGGGGACAGCCGAGGAGAAGGGGCGGAACAAGUUCAUCGAGGGCCUGGCCAAGAUGGUCGAGGACAGGCACCGCGAGCUGAUGAGGGAAAUGGAGCUGCAGGCGGCCAAGAAGGAGGGGAAGACGGCGGCAGCGACCAAGAGAAGGGGCUCGCCGCGAGAGGCGGGCCCGGCCGAGGACUCGCGGACGCUGCCGGGGGGGUUUGGGCUGAUGAGCCAGCUUCAGAAGCUACGGAGCGGGCUGUAG